GCCCUAGGCCAAAUCGCAGCAAUUGGCUCGCUGUACGACGCACGCAAAGACCAAAUCCUCUCUCAAUCGGUAUUUUUUGAGCCACUAUCUAAAGAUGCCGUCUGCAGAGAUAGAGUGUUGUCCAAACAGUGUGAGAUCAGGAGGUCUGGCUCACUAAUGGAAACAUUUGAGCAACUGGGUCUCUCUCCUGAACUGGGCCUUAGUUAUCUCACUGGAACCGGCCCAUACACAGCCAAAGGUAGCGCGGGCCACCUUGCUCAAAAAAGAACAAGUGAUGCUGCGCAAGAAGUUUCUGUCGUUUGUAAUGAGGUUACUAUACACGACACACUUGGCUUCGGCACUGAAGAACUGCAAGAAAUCGUGGACGAAGAAGUUCUACAAACAGAAGAGGCCACUCAUGUCGUCACGGGAAUCUGGUGGGGCACCAGAACUGCCAUAACGUCUAUCGCCUCUCCGGUUUGUUCCAUCCCUGAUGCCAAAGCGAAAGAAGCGCAGUUGGACUCGCAGGAACGUGUCGUCGAAUAUUUAGGCCAGCUUCUAACUGGAAAGGUCACUACGGCGUAUACUGCUUUCAAAGAAAUCUCCAAAAGCUUGACUUUUAGGGUGAACGCCGAUAUUGAUCCAAGUAAACAGUCUGCUCGAAUAUCAGAUUUUGAUAGCGUCUGUGACUUUAUUGGAGAUAUUCCUGGUACUUUGAAAAGGGCUAGGGCAGGAAGUGGUGUCCGGAUAAUGUACGAUUUGGUUCCAAUCAAAGACUUUACCCAGAUGAUGAAUCGAGAGCUUGAAAGAGAGGUUCAGAUUGUUCAACCAACUGACCACGAGUAUCAAAAGCGGGUAUUAUUCCUCUUUGAGAAGCUCUAUGCGACAAGGGCCAAUCUCAAUAGCUAUUUAAACGCCUUAUCACAGCAUGAGCUGUCGGUUCCAAAACAGCAUAUAGAGACUGCAAAUACGAAUAGCUUCCGACUGAAUGACCUCGAAGACAGACUAAAGAGCGAGCUUUGUCAAGAUCUUCCUCGCGCGCGAGAUCCUAGCUUCAAAGGAAGGCUGAAGCUCAUUAAUCCGGAGUGGGAAGCUGAUAUCCGAGAAUUCGAGUCUUUGACUUCACAAUAUGUAGCCAAAAUGACUUUUGAAAGCCAGAUUACGGCACUAGGAAUCAAGUACAUGUAUCCUAAGGAUACUGAGACAGCUUACUCUGAGCAUGAGAGUGACAUCUACACCCUCUACUACAGCGAUGCUGCUAUGGUUGCUCCAAGCUGGAAAGAGCAUUACACUAAGUUCAUGGAGCUCGCUCGCGCUAAAAACUCUGGGCAUUUGGUCUAUGUUGUCGACUGCGAUUUCGAAGCUGGUCAAGAGCUGAGAGUCCCACGCAUAGAGCUCCGAGAGAAUGGUCAAAUCAUGACCAAAGAUUUUGUGAAAGAACAACAAAGCUUCGCCGGGAAGUGUUUCGUCCGUGCUGCCACUCCAAGAGAUAUGGAAAAGCUGCCUGCUAAAUUGCUCGACUCAAUACGGAGAAGUGUCAAAAUUCGCUGUCCUUGUGCAGCCGCAACAACAGGCGAUUGUUUCUGUCGAAUUUGCAAGAGAGCCAUUUUCUAUUUGAAAGAUGAUGAUUAUCUCUAUUGCAAUUGUGGUAGAUAUAAGCCCGCUAAUGCAGCUUUUAAGUGUUUGGAUCCGGCUCAUGGGAUCAGUUACCUCAAAUAUGAAGAUUCUGAAAUGCUUCUAGAGGCUUAUGACUAUCAAGAAUUUGAGCAGCAUAACAUCUUAAUAUUGGGAGAGACGGGAGUCGGAAAGUCCACAUUUAUUAACGGAUUCAUGAAUUACAUGCUGUUCGAGACUCUAGACGAAGCAUUAGAGGCUCCUGACUUGCACUGGGCCAUUCCCUCUUCUUUCAAAUACACUGAAAUGAACAAUAAGAAACUGAAUACUUUUACUGUCACAGUUGGUGAAGAGACUAAAGCUCAGAAAUAUUCAUUAGAUGGAGAGUCAGCUACCCGAAGCUGCGUGAUCUACGUUCUUCACAUGAAUGGCUUGACUCUCCGUCUAAUCGACACUCCUGGUAUUGGGGAUACUCGGGGCCUCCAGCAGGACAAAGAAAAUGUUAAAGGCAUUCUACAAACGCUUAAAUCAGUUGAAAAAAUUAGCACAGUCCUGUUCCUCAUUAAGCCCAACCUCUCUCGCCUUGGACAAGUAUUUAACUUCUGCAUGACAGAAUUGCUUUCUCAUCUCCACAAAGAGACGAAUCAAAAUAUUGUAUUUGGAUUUACAAAUUCUCGAAGCACAAAUUAUUCCCUGGGAGAUACUGGAAUUCCUCUUCAAAAAUUGUUAACAGAUAAAAAGACCGAUAUCACUGUUGGUUACGACAACACUUUCUUCUUUGAUUCGGAAGGCUUUCGAUACUUGGCAGCAUACAAGACUAUAAACAAAGAAAUGAAGGAAAGAAUUAAUUUUGAAAAGAGUUUCCGGAAUUCUGCUGAGGAGGCCCGGCGCCUCGUUAAUAAGACAAUACGAAUGGUAGCUCACGAAGUCCGUAAAACAUUGAGCUUGAGUGAUACACGGCUAUAUAUUGAGGGGCUUAAAACACCAAUGAUCUUGAUCAACAAAAUCGCCGAUGAAGACCAAGAAGAAAUUGAAAAGCACAAAAGCCAUAUUACAGAGUUUGGAAUGUCAAAUAGCGCGCUCGAAGACAAGCUAAAGAUGACAAUCCGAAAACCUGUCAAGAAGAUGCUUCCAAGCCCGCGCACCGUCUGUACAGACGAUGAAUGCAGAACUGUAAACAGGGACGCGGCUGGCAAAGAACACGUCGUGUACAGGCAGAUAUGCCACGAUCAUUGUUAUAUCAAGACGACCAAUGAGCUAAUUGGGGCCCCGGAAAUCUCUACCUGCGAGGCCUUUGACUACUCUUCCAAACCAUGCAGAGAAUGCGGUCACGAAUGGGACAAGCACCAACACAUCUCGUACAACCUCACAGUUGAAGAAGUAAAGGUUGACGACCCAAACAUCUUGGAAAUUUAUAAUAGUAACAAAUCAAAGCUUGAAAAGGCCGAAGCGGCUAUCGAAUCUCUGUCACGAAAAAAGGAAUUAUUAGGAGAGCGCAAAGAGUUUAUCAACCACUCGCUGGCCAGCUUUGGAGCUUAUCUUGGCAGCACCGCCAUGGUUAAGUACAAUGAUGCGACAAUCACUUACCUCGACUAUCUCAUCGACAACGCCAAGAAGGAGGGCAGCGUUGAUAGCCAGCGACAA